AAAAAGUAGAAUCCAAUAGGAUCUCCACUUCCUUUUCGCCAUUGAAGUAAAGCAGAAAAAGACAGCCGUCGUCCCGUCGGGAGAAAAGAGUCCAAGGCGACUCCCAUUCCCCUGUCUUCACUUCCAUUUCUUCCGAAUCGCUUCCGAUUGCUAAAGAACUUAAAAGAGUGCAAAGUUUUUAUCAUCCAUAUGGGAGAUGUGGCGAAAGAUCUUGCUGCUGGGACUGCUGGGGGAGCAGCUCAAUUGAUAUGUGGGCACCCAUUUGAUACAAUUAAGGUCAAGCUCCAAAGCCAACCUGCCCCCCUUUCUGGCCAACUUCCGAAGUAUUCUGGAGCAAUGGAUGCUGUCAGACAAACUCUAGCUUCAGAAGGCUCAAGAGGUUUGUACAAAGGUAUGGGAGCUCCACUUGCUACAGUUGCUGCACUAAAUGCUGUUCUCUUCUCUGUAAGGGGACAACUAGAGUCCUUCUUUCGGCCUUAUCCCGGUGCCUCCCUUGAAGUUAAACAACAAGUGGUUUGUGGGGCUGGGGCUGGUGCUGCUGUGUCUCUUCUAGCUUGUCCAACUGAACUGAUCAAAUGCAGACUACAAGCUCAGAGUGCAUUGGCAGCAUCCAGUUCAGUUGGUGUGGCAGUGAAGUACGGUGGUCCAAUGGACGUAGCCAAGCACGUCAUCCAAUCAAACGGAGUGAAGGGUCUUUUCAAGGGCUUGGCUCCAACAAUGGCAAGAGAAGUGCCUGGAAAUGCAGUGGUUUUUGGUGUAUAUGAGAUGAUAAAACAGCACUUUGCAGGAGGUCGAGACACUUCAAAUCUAGGAAGAGAGUAUCUGAUAUUAGCUGGGGGUGUAUCUGGAGCAGCCUUCUGGCUAGCCGUCUAUCCAACUGAUGUUAUCAAGAGCGUGAUUCAGGUAGAUGAUUUCAAAAACCCAAAGUUCUCUGGUUCUAUUGAUGCUUUCAGGAAAAUCAUGGCGUCAGAAGGAGUUAAAGGGCUAUACAAAGGCUUUGGACCAGCGAUUGUUCGUAGUGCCCCAGCUAAUGCAGCAUGCUUCUUGGUAUACGAAAUCACCAGAUCUAGCUUCGGUUAGUCAAUCAAUUCUUUUGUUCUGGUUCUGUUAUAUGUAUGUUGGUUUCACUUAAUUAAAAGAAAAGCCAUAUUAGGGUAAUUCAAUGUAGCCUCCUCCCUAGGCACCACAGUUCAUUUUCUUCCUUUUCAUGUGCUCUUAUUCGACUUGGGUGUUGCGAGAAGUAAAACUGAAGUCAUCAACUUCUGCAUUUGAUUGUUUGUAUUUGGGGGAAAAAGAAUAUGAAAUAUGAAUAAAAGGCAAUUAUGUUAUAUUA